GUACGUCGAAAGCUCACUAGUGCCUCUCUCCGUCAAGGUGGUGCUGGCGCUGGGCGACGAGGUCGGAGAGCAGCUUGGCAGGUGGUGAUCCGUCGUCCAGAACGGCGGCAACACCGGCGCCGGCUUGUGUUUUGGUUGGAGCUGGGUUGGAAGAGGGACUUGGUUCCCUUGCUUCAAGCCUUCCUCGCCCAGAUCGAAGCCAUCAGGCUCAUUACCUGCACCGGACGAUUCCAAGCCUGCUACCGGAGCCCCAGCGCCAGCGAGGUGCUGGGAGAGCUUUGUGGGUACCUCGAUGGUCUUCAAGGAUCCCUAAAUCUUGGCUGGGAGGAGAAUUUGUGUGAGGAGCUCUUCUUGAAGGGUGAUGGGCAGGCGGUUUUGAGAGGUAUCUCCAUGCCGCUGCAGAGACUGGUAGAGCUGGCGUUGCCUGCUGCAGCACCACCUGAAGUGGGAAACUACGGGAGUCGCUUCCACUUCGAGUACUUCUUCGCCAAGAGGGCCGAGGUGCAAUCACACCAGAGAGGCGUCCGAGAUCGUCUCACGUACCCUCCCAUUUUCAGCCCCGGAGGGAUUUGUUCCUUCGAGGAGAGUGGAUUCACCACACAACGCUGGGGGCCGAAUGCCUCACGUGUCCUGGAGAUGCUCUCGGGUCAGGUGCCCUUGAGCCGCUUCGUGGUGAACUUCGGCGCGGCGGACGGGGAGUGCGGCUCGGAGGAGGACUGGAACGCUGACCCUGCCAAUUGUUUGACGACGGCUGGCUACUCUGCCUUGGUCGUUGAGGGAGAUCAGAAGUUCUUCCCACAGCUCCGGCGGCGCUUCGGUCACCGUGAGGAUGUGCAUCUGGUGUUGCACUUCCUGCCUUUGAGCAAUAUUACCGAGCUCCUGGAGCAUUAUUUAUCCACCAUGCCGAGCUCCUCCCGUUCGCCGGACCUGCUGAAGGUAGAUGUGGACCAUGCCGACUGCCUCUUUAUGCAGGAGGCACUUCGGGUGCUUCGCCCGAAGGUGAUCCACGUGGAGUACAUGCCUCAGGCCCCUCCUCCCUUGGAAUAUGUCCAGCACUACCAACCUUCGUUGCUGCAGGUGGACAUCCAUGGCCGUGGUGAGACCUUGCUCUUGCGAGAGAGGCUGUGGAAGCCUUCGGCACAGUUUAUUUGGUCGGAGGAACAGCUGCAGAAGAAGGCCCCGAUGGAUCCUGUCGCCGCUUCCGUCGCUGGCAAAGGGGCACAAGAUCGUUGGACUGAAGGACGUGAGAUGACCGGCUGUUCCCUCUCGGCCUUUUUGCUUCGUGCUGAAGGCUACGCGCUCUUUGCCGCGGGGGACGAAGAGGCGGUGUUGGUGCGGGAGGACCUCCAAGCCUUGCUGGGCCCGACACCGGACCCUUUGGAUGCUUGGCUGCGAGGCUCCUUCUGCAACCCCUGGCGCCUUACCAAUGCGCCGGACUAUGCCGCAUGGGGCUUUGAUUUCCGCCUGCUGGUCUCACAGAGCGUGAAUGAGCAGCGCGAAGCAUUGGAACUCUUGUUAAAGGCCCAUGGUGCUAAAGCUUUUAGCCUCACGACGGGCGAAAAGCAGCGCAACGCACGGCUCGCCGUGUUGGGACGCUCCGGUCCAGACGCACGGCUCGCAGACACUCCGCCGAAAAGUGAGGAUGUCUUAUCCACAAGCGUGCAGCUUUUGCAAGGGAAGGUGCCUUCGCCCACCAAGAGCUUGUCUUCGGCAUUGCAACAGGCAGCGAAGCCUGAGGAUAGUUUUGGAUUGCUUUUAGAUCCUACGCUGCGCAAGGAGUUUGCGAGCGAGCUUGAACGAAGUGGCUUGAAGGAGAUUACCCCACAGUCCAGCCAGCAAUUGGUGGAGAUCUUUGGGCAGGUGCUUAGCAAGCAGUUGGAGGCCGUGAAAACCCAGGCGGCCCAGCUGGCGGCCAAGCUCCCGACCAAAGGUCCCUUGAGCUUCGAGCAAGUCUUGAAGGCUUUGAACCAGGAGGAAUUGCUGGGCAGGUUUGCUCCUUCACUCGUGGCCGGCGCAGAGGGAUCUAUUGCCUCCGAUUGCAAAGACAGAUCCCAAAAGUCGACCAGAACCCCGGGGUGGAAACUCAGGGGCGAACAAAGCUUCUAG